AUGGGGUCUCUUCCAUCACCACCACCAUCACCUUCCCAAGAAAAUCUUCUUUCAAAUUAUGUCAUGGUUACAAUUUUCUGUCCUAGAGAGCCAACACCAAAUGUGACACUUUCUAAUUCAAUUCACCUUUAUUACCCUUCCACCAACACAUGGAACUAUGUUGGUACAUUUCCGGGCCUAGUUGAUGACCAAGUGUUAAAGGGAUUUUCCAUGGUUUCAUUAGGAGAUUUUGUUUAUAUAAUUGGAGGACAAAUUUGUUACAAAGAAAAAGUUCAUGUUAAUGAUGAUUCGGCUGAGUUUCUUGAUGAAGGUAUAAAAGUUAUACCUAAUGUACUUCGUUACAAUAUAAGAACCAAUCAAUGGUUUAAUUGUGCACCAUUAGGUGUUGCUAGGUAUGAUUUUGCUUGCACUGUUUGUGACAACAAAAUUUUUGUGGCUGGAGGAAAGUCCAUGUUGGCAAGUGCAAGAGGGAUCUCGUCGUCUGAGUUGUAUGAUCCUGAACUUGAUACAUGGACGCGUUUGUCUGAUUUGCAUAUUUUAAGAUAUAAAUGUUUAGGCGUGACGUGGAAAAGUAAAGUUUAUAUUAUUGGAGGUUUCGCUGAAAGAGAAGACUCUAAUUUAACUAUGACUAGUAUCGUUGAACGGAGUUCAGCUGAAGUUUAUGACAUGCAAGCAAAUAAAUGGGAACUUAUCGCAGGCAUGUGGCAACUCGAUGUACCACCUAAUCAAAUUGUGGCGGUGAAUGAGUCACUUUUUAGCUCGGGUGAUUGUUUGAAUGCUUGGAAAGGACACGUUGAGGCUUACGAUGGAACACUUUGGAAUGAAGUCGAGGGAUCACGUAAGAGAAGUCUUUCGACGUUGGAAUAUAACUACGAGAAUUGGCCUUUUAAUCAAAGACUCUACUUGACUAUGGCGCCGAUUGGGAAUAGAUUGUUUUUCUUGGCGGGCUAUAGGGUUGGUGAUGGAGAAUUGGCAAGAACAAUGUCUGUUGUUCAUGUAUUCGAUACAUCAACUAGUGCAGAUGCUUGGAGGAGCUUUGAACCAAUGGAAAUGGAAGGUGAGAAAGAGCUUUGUAGUCAUUGUUGUGUUGUGCAACUCUCAUCACUUAAUUGA